AUGUCCCUGCCUGAACUCCAGCAGAACCCGCUGGUCCAGAGGGUCAUCGACAUCUUCGACACCGAUGGAAAUGGAGAGGUGGACUUCAAGGGUAAGCCAGAACCAGAGUAGCCUUGUCCCAGAUCCGUUUGUGGUUUAGACUAUUCCAUAUGGAACAGACUGGGCGCCCGGGCUAAAGUCAGAGUGCUCUCCACUUUAAAUGCUAAAAUGGCUGAAUAUUAUUUUAUAUGUUAUAUAUAAUAGGGUGGUUAGAGAGGUGAGCUAGUUCGAAUCCCGGGUCUGACUGGGAAAAUCUGGCGGGAAAUGAGCUGCCAACCGUAGGGUUGCUGGUAUCAAAUCGUAGAUGUCGUUGACUGCCAUUGUGCCCUUGAGCAAGGCACUUAACCACCCAUAACAACUGCUCCACGGCGCCCAGUGUGGCAGUCCCCCGUUCCAACAUCUCCAACCUGUAUAUACAGUGCAUUCGGAAAGUAUUCAGUCCUCUUGACUUUUUCCACAUUUUGUUACGUUACAGCCUUAUUCUGAAAUGGAUUCAAUUGUGUUUUUUUCCCCUCAUCAAUCUACACACAAUACCCCAUAAUGACAAAGCAAAAACUGGUUUUUAUACAUUUUUGCAAAUGUAUAAAAAAAAAUACACUGAAAUAUAACAUUUACAUAAGUAUUCAGACCCUUUACUCAGCACGUUGUUGAAGCACCUUUGGCAGCGAUUACAGCCUCAAGUCUUUUUGGGUAUGACGCUACAAGCUUGGAUUCAAGUCCGGGCUCUGGCUGGACCACUCAAGGACAUUCAGAGACGUGUCCCGAAGCCACUCCUGCCUUGGCUGUGUGCUUAGGGUCGUCGUCCUGUUGGAAGGUGAACCUUCUCCUGAGUCUGAGGUCCUGAGAGCUCUGGAGCAGGUUUUCAUCAAGGAUCUCUCUGUACUUUGCUCUGUUCAUCUUUCCCUCGAUCCUGACUAGUCUCUCAGUCCCUGCCGCUGAAAAACAUCCCCACAGCAUGAUUCUGCCACCACCAUGCUUCACCGUAGGGAUGGUGCCAGGUUUCCUCCAGACAUGACGCUUGGCAUUCAGGCCAAAGAGUUCAAUCUUGGUUUCAUCAGACCAGGGAAUCUUUUUUCUCAUGGUCUGAGAGUCCUUUAGGUGCCUUUUGGCAAACUCCAAGCGGGCUGUGCCUUUUACUGAGGAGUGGCUUCCGUCUGACCACCCUACCAUAAAGGCCUGAUUGGUGGAGUGCUGCAGAGAUGGUUGUCCUUCUGGAAGGUUCUCCCAUCUCCACAGAGGAACUCAGGAGCUCUGUCAGAGUGACCAUCAGGUUUUUGGUCACCUCCCUGACCAAGGCCCUUCUCCCCCGAUUGCUCAGUUUGGCCAGGCGGCCAGCUCUAGGAAGAGUCUUGGUGAUUCAAAACUUCUUCCCAUUUAAGAAUGAUGGAGGCCACUGUGUUCUUGGGGACCUUCAAUGCUGCAGCGAUUUUAUGGUACGUUUCCCCAGAUCUGUGCCUCGACACAAUCCUGUCUCGGAGCUCUACGGACAAUUCCUUCGACCUCAUGGCUUGGUUUUUGCUCUGACAUGCACUGUCAACUGUGGGACCUUACAUAGACAGGUGUGUGCCUUUCCAAAUCAUGUCCAAUCAAUUGAAUGUACCACAGGUGGACUCCAAUCAAGUUGUAGAAACAUCUCAAGGAUGAUCAAUGGAAACAGGAUGCACCUGAGCUCAAUUUCGAGUCUCAUAGCAAAAGGUCUGAAUACUUAUGUAAACAAGGUAUCUCUGCUUUUAUUUGUAAUACAUUUGCAAAAAUGUCUAAAGACCUGUUUUUGCUUUGUCAUUAUGGGGUAUUGUGUGGGAAAAAUAAUUUUAUCAAUUUUAGAAUAAGGUUGUAAUGUAACAAAAUGUGGAAAAAGGGAAGGGGUCUGAAUACUUUCCGAAUCCACUGUAUGCAUAUCUGUCUUUCAGAGGGGUUGGGAUGAAGCAGAAGUGAAAGUUCAGUUGGACCUUGUGUACAAUUGAUGAUUAAAGUGAUCUUAAUUAUUACAUUAAAUAAUCAGGGAUCAUACAUGCUCAUGACAAGUCUUACAAUGCAUUAAAAUGAUGGCAUCAUAAUGCAUCAUACCUGUAGGCUUUAAGUUAAAUGAAUCAUAUAUAGAGCGAUUCAUUUAUGUUCAUACCUCCCUCUAUUGUAUAUAUGGUGUUCUGUUGUUCUGUUAAUUGAACAUAGGCUAUGCACACAUAAUGAUAUUUUUAUAUUUAUUUGAUACAUUUAUCUAAACCCACAACAAUUUAUAAUGCAAUGUUUAUGUUUUACUGGUGAAGAAAUGGUUUGGGCCUAACAAUGUCUUUGGAUUUAAGCUUUACUUGCUGAAAUCAGGGCGGCAGGUAGCUUAGUGGUUAAGAGCGUUGUGCCAGUGACCGAAAGGUCGCUGGUUCUAAUCCUCGAGCCGACUAGGUGAAACAUCUGUCGGUGCCCUUGAGCAAGGCACUUAACCCUAAUUGCUCCUGUACGUCGCUCUGGAUAAGAGCGUCUGCUAAAUGACAAAACAAAAAAAAAAUAUAUAUAUAUAGUAUCAAGACAUGUGACGCUGGUGUUGGUAAAUGGAUCUGUUGUCCUCCUCUGAGAACGGCCCGGGGUGGCCUAGAACAGGAGUUUCACACAACAUUCAUUACAUUGCAUGAUUAACACAAGGUUGGAACUUAGGCCUGGCAGUCUGUCUGCUCUGCCUAACAGUACCUGUCCUGCACAGACAAUAGGAACAUUUAACACAGGACAGUCACAACUAGAUCACCUUAGGCCUAGAUUCAAUCCGGUCCGCGGAUAAAUCUGCGUGAUUGACGUUUAAAGAUAAUUUCUGAUUGAGCUGACAUAUGCAGCGUUUGCUGUGAAUGUGGUCUAAAAGGGGCGAUCAGAUUGAAUUUAGCCCUAAGUAUCAAUUGCAGUAGUCUGCUGUUGUGUUUACAAAGUGAGAUUUUUGAUUAAACUUAUGAAUGCAUAAGUAGUGCAUUUACAUUUGACCACUGCCAUCGUGAAUUUAAAAAGUAUUGCACAGGCUACAUACAGGCAGUCAAAUAAAGUCUAACUCUAAACCAUCUCUCCAUCUCUCCCCCUAUCAGAAUUCAUUGAGGGAGUCUCACAGUUCAGUGUCAAGGGGGACAAGGAGUCAAAGCUUCGGUGUAAGUAGACAAAUCUACUGCAAAUCCAUCUCCACUUCGAUCUGUACUACAAAACCAAAGCUCUGUGGUUGUUUAUUGUUUAUUUCCACAUGUUCAUGCUUCCAUCCUCCUCCAGUCCCCAAAGUAGAAACAGAAUGCCUGAUGGCAUCAAUGAUGAGGCUUUCUCCAAAACCUAAAGUCUUUUUUAUUUACACACACAUUCCUGCAUCCUCCCACUCCACCCCUCUCUCCGUCCUCCACCCCUCUCUCCGUCCUCCACCCCUCUCUCCACCCCUCUCUCCCUCCUUCACCCCUCUCUCCCUCCUCCACCCCUCUCUCUCCUCCCCUCCAGUCGCCUUCCGGAUCUACGACAUGGACAAGGAUGGCUACAUCUCCAACGGGGAGCUCUUCCAGGUGCUGAAGAUGAUGGUUGGGAACAACCUCAAGGACACUCAGCUCCAGCAGAUCGUGGACAAGACCAUCAUCAACGCAGACAAGGACGGAGAUGGCAGGAUAUCCUUCGAAGAGUUCUGCUUA